AUGUUUAUUGAGUUCAUCACCAUUGAGAUAACCAAUGAUGGUCUCCAUAUGUAUGCCUUUGAUGCAUCACAAGUACUAUUCCUUGAUGUCAAUAUCAAGAAGACAUUCUUUAGUGACUUUUACUUGAAGGAACAAGUAAGGUUCAUUAUGAAGGUUGAUAUGUUGGACAAGUGUUUCACCAAUGUCAAGACUGUCGAGUCUAUCGUGUUCAAGUACGAGGAGGACAAGUUGGCCCUGCUGUUCCAUCGUUCAGGUGGCUACACAUCCCACUACCAAGUGCCAGAGAUGAUACUGCAGAUCGCAGAGAAGGUCGUGCCGCCAGAGUUCAAGUUUGAGAAUGAGGUACUGUUCCAAUCAUACCUGUUGCAAGAGGUCAUUCAAGAGUUGAAGUCAUUCCAUGAUAAUAAUCUUAGUGUGAAGAUUAGUCAUGAGGCAUUGUUGUUGGAGGCCAACGACAACUUGGUCAAGUCAUCGAUAUCAUUGUACAAUGGCAAGACAAGGGACUUUUACAUCAUUGGCACUGCUGCAUUCGACAUUGAGUUCAAGAAUAGCUAUCUGUUGAAGAUGGACAAAGUGUUGAGGAAGCUGGCCGUCAAGGAGUGUCUCGUACAGUUUGGCAAGGACCUUCCAUUGUCAAUGAUAUUUGAGACACAUCCAACUUGUACAUUCCAACUCUUCCUCGCCCCAAUGAUAUGA